AUAUUUUCUACGCUUCCAGGCGAAGAGUAUCAGUGCCUUCCAAGCUUAAGGUUAAAGUAUCCAGAAGAGUGUCUUAUAGAAGUGCCUCAAAUCCCCUUGGACGAAGCUGGACUAAUACUGGACAAAUGGCUUAAASGGGCAAAGAAAGCWUUACAGCCGAAACAAAGAAAAGAAGUGAUGGAUAGUUUUCAGGAAUGYCCUUUACCACUUUACCUCAAGCUUGCCUUCGAUGACUCUUGUAGAUGGAAGUCAUAUACACCUUUCAAAGAGUGGGAUCUUCCUCCAAACAUUAAAGACAUCAUCAGAGGAUUGUUUGAUCGGGUAGAGAGAAUCCAUGGCAAACUUCUCGUUGGCCAUGCACUAGGAUACAUCACCGCAUCCAAGAACGGCCUAACAGAAGCUGAGCUCGAAGAUCUCCUUUCUCUAGAUGAUGAGGUGCUCAAUGAUGUAUACCAGUACUGGACUCCAMCUCUUCGAAGRCUUCCMCCAUUGYUAUGGAUACGAAUACGUAGYGACAUCAACGACUACCUCAUCGAUCGCGGAGCGGACGGUACAAGGGUCAUCUUCUGGUAUCAUCGACAGUUUAUAGAGGUAGCAAGAGAGAGGUAUUUGGCUGGAGAACAAGCAACCAAGAUUYAUGCCAACUUAAGUGAGUACUUUUUGGGCACGUGGUCUCAGGGAAAGAAGAAGCCUUAURUGAACAAGAAAGGAGAAAGUCUGGAGGACGAUCGACUCGUCUCUGAAAUGCCCAUGUUCUUUGGUACUAGUGACGAAAAGCCCAUCUUCAACUUGAGAAAACUCAGUGAGCUUCCUUAUCACUUAUACCAUUCUAAGCAGUACAGCAAAAUGAAAGAAGAAGCCUUGUGUAAUUUCGAGUUUUUGCUGGCAAAACUACGAGGAACAUCGGUGGCCAACGUACUAGAUGACUUCAAAAUGUACUUAUCUACAAUUCCUGGCGACGCCGAUGUUAAACUCAUGCAUGAAUGCCUACGCUUGUCAGUUCAUCCACUUACCAUCGAGCCAAAACAGUUCUCAACGCAACUUCUUGGUCGCAUGUUCAAGUUUCAAGACAGAAAAGACAAGUACCCUUACGUGUGUCAAAUCCUUCAACAAGCAAARAAUGCCUCUUCGCCAUGCUUUAUACCGAACCACAAAUUUCUAACAGCCCCUGGUGGAGCACUAGUAUCGACAAUUCCACUUGCGAACUAUGGGCAAGAGUAUAUCAGCAUUGGAAAUGACAAUCAGACAAUGGCUUUAACAACUGUCGCAGGGGAAGGUCUAGAAAUACAGAUCAUCAAUUUACAGACAGGUGAACAGCUUCGAAAGUUUACAGUUACAUCUCCCGAUGCCAUGAAUCGUGUCACAAAGAAUAUCAUGAGCGACAAAGACAUCAACCUACUCCUUCUCGCUGGUGGUAAUGAAAUAUAUAUCCUCAACACGCAAACUGGUGCGAUCGUGAAAASAUUUUCCGUGGACGAGGACGAUUGUUUCACGCAUUACCAGAAACCGCCUGUCUCGUAUGCAGAUGACGAAAAUCUGCUCGUUGCUCUUGCACGAACCUCGCUACGUGUAUGGCAGACGUCUGACUGCAAGAUCAUGAAGGACAUCCCUGUAAAAGGCAUAAAUGUUGAUGAAGAAUUUGGCCUUCUUGUAGCAAGGAAAACGUACGUGGUUUACGUUCUAAAUGGAGACAACACCCUUCAUUUUGUUGACAUCAAGCAAGGAAGAGAAGUAGAUAAAGUGAAGGUCAACUACAAAAAGUCCGUGUAUCAUGGAAUAAAUCGCAUUCAAGACAUGAAAGUCUCAUCCAAAGAUCAAGUAAUCAUCGUCCCGGCAUCAGAAAAAGACCAUCCUCGCAUCUACGAUCUUGUGACAGCAAACCUUGUGCGUGAAAUAACCACAUGCAAAAGGACUCAGGGAUUGGCAGCCAUACAAGUCACUGACGACGGAAAGAAAGUCUUGAGCAUCGACAUGUAUGAAAUUUGCGUCACAGACUUGGAGACGGGCAAGUCAGAAAAUUGUCUUCGCAGCGCCGUUUUCCGAACAAAGAUCAUCACUCGUAACGGCGACAUAAUCCUAGCCAUUGGUCAAGAUUUCAUACUAAGAGUGUUUGACAGGACACGUGAAGGAGAUGACGAAAACAACGAGGAUACGAAUGUUUCAGAACAUCAAGGGUACAAGAUAACUGACCAAGUGACGUUGGUACAGCCCGGAUGCGAUAACAGACAUGCAAUUGCCGUUAUUUACAAGCAGAUGAAGAAUUGUUUAUGUGCUUGGGAUAUCUAUACCGAACAGAAAGUACGACAGACUUCAGGCAUGCAUACCUACCCAUCAGUCAUUCGACUCACCCAAGAUUGCACUCGUUUUGUUGGAUUUAUAUAUGAUGAGAAACUUCCACAUUAUAAGGUCGUUAACCUAAAAGAAGGAAAGAUUGAAAGGACUCUAGAGGGUGGUGCUUGUAAAAGAAUGGAAGCAUUUGGAAUGAUUGAUGACCAACAUAUGAUAUCACUUACAAGGAAACGUAACAACCURAAGAUUUGGGACAUCAAUACAGGGAAGGUAGUGGAUCUUGUAAAGUUAGGAAACAAAGAMAAGUUUGAGGAGCUACURGUCAGUCUAAAUGGUAAAGUUGUUGUUGCCUCAAUAACCCGCAAUAGCAUCAAUCAUAAAGAGGGAACAACAAAGCCAGUGUAUGUUUACGAUACAGUUACCAAGCAACAUAAAGUACUCACCCUGGAAGGACAAGCACUCUCUCUUUACAAUGGCAAGAUAUCUAACGAUGGAAAGUAUUUGGUGACCCUUAGUGUAGAAAGUAAAAGCCCAUACCUUUGGGAUCUCAAUUCUGGAAAGAUGAUACUCAAGCUAUUGAAUUCUGAAAGCGACAGUGACGAAAAAGCCAACAAUGCAGCCAUCAAUCUAGAGGCCAACAUUGCAGUCACAUGUCUUCAGUCAGGAGGUAUUGAUGUGUGGGAUAUUGCCAAAGGUACUGUUCUGCGCCGAAUUACUAGUGGCCAGUUAACAGAUAUCUUCCUAACACCAAAUGGAGACACAGUCAUUGCCAGAGAGCAAAAAACCAACUCAUUCCACUGCUGGAAUGUCCACAAYGGCCACAAGAUCACUUSCCUCACUACUGAUGGACAUGCUGAAAUUGCCCAUAUUAUUGGUGAUCGUUUGGUGAUGGCUGUUGAUGAAAACCCCAACCUGAUGAUAAUGAAAUUGCCUGGCCAGGUUACUUCUGAAACAAAAUUACCUCCCUCUAUAUUUCAUGGGCUUCCUGUGGAAGACCAAACCAUGGUUGACACUUCUGGACCUGCCACAGAGAAAGAUUCAUUGGAUAAAGAUAAAGUGGAAAGUGGAAAGUUCCUGCCGUGAAACCAUUAGAAAAUGUAGCAAAGUGAUUUACAUUCCUAAACUGACAUUUUUUCUAUAUAAUAAUAAUACUAAUAAUAAUA